GAGUAAUUUGUAUACGUUGCCUGAUAGAAAUUCCUAAUGGCUAAUUCAAAGUACGAAUACGUCAAGACCUUCGAGCAGCCCGACAACCUCCUAUCAAGGACAUGGAUAGUGAUCAGAAUCGACGGCAGAGGCUUCACGAAGCUCUGUUCUAGAUAUGGGUUCGAGAAGCCAAACGACCGAAGGGCGAUCGACCUCAUGAACUCCGCUGCGCAAUGCGUCAUGAAAGAUAUCCCUGAUCUGCUUCUCGCGUACGGCGUGAGCGACGAAUUCAGCUUUCUGUUUCAUAAAGACUGUACUUUAUUCCAGAGACGCUCAAAUAAACUGGUCUCUACCAUCGUUUCUACAUUCACCGGAUAUUAUGUCCACUUGUGGACCAACUUUUUUCCUGACAAACCGCUGAUCCCGCCGCUCCCAUCGUUCGAUGGAAGAGCUGUGCUGUACCCUGAUGUGACCAGUUUACGGGACUACUUUAGCUGGCGCCAGGCCGACUGUCAUAUCAACAAUCUCUAUAACACCUCUUUCUGGAGCUUGAUUCAGAAAGCCGGCCUAGACGCCCGAGCGGCAGAAAAGCGUCUGUCAGGGACGGUGUCGAAAGACAAGCACGAAAUUCUGUACGCGGAGUGCGACGGGAUGAAUUACAACCGCGAACCCGAUGUCUUCAAAAAGGGUAGUGUGCUCUAUCGUUCGUUUGAGCUGGAGUCACGGCACGCUCUGCUCGGCUCCAGUGAAACCAGCGCCCCUGAGACCCCGACACCACAGUCGAAGACGGUUGCUGAGAAAGACCGGAAACGGCGCUUGAAGGCGACCGUUGCCAUUGAACACAUCGACAUCAUCCAAGAAGACUUCUGGAACCAGCGGCCUUGGAUACUAAGCGGAAAAACAGGACGACUGCCUGACGACAAUGCAAAAGAAAAGUCUUGAUUAACAGUGAUUAUUUGUACAGCACCAUGCGUGAUCAAUGUCCCACUCCGCCCGCGACCCAAUCCAUGAACCCCGGCUCGUUCUGCCCCGGAAACAGCCCCUGCACCCCCUCCUGAUCCGCCGCUCGAUUCACCUCAUCCUGCUCGACCUGCCCCGUCCGUCUCCGCUCCUGCUCCUGUCGUUCCCGCUCCCGCGUCCGCUGCCGCUGCUGCCGCCAAAAGAGCAGGAACGCCAACACUCCCGCGAACGCGAGGAUGAUCAACCCCUCGAGAAUCCCAUCGUCCAAAUAAUCGAGGUCAUCGUACGGAUACGCCUCACCGUACCCAUCGCCCUCUGACCCGCCCCCCAGUCGCGGCGUAUCGCCCAUCUCCCAAUCGUCCACCUCGCCCAUCUGCGCCAUGCGCGCCUCGUCCGCCGCGAUCGCGUUCUCCAAGAAAUUCGCCAACCACUCCGUCCACGUCUUCGGCUUCGCGUCGCGC